GGGCGGGCCUGGCUGCUCAUCGAGGACCACUCAGGCUGCUCCCAUCCCUGCUAAAGAAAAUAAUCCUGACUCCACUCAGUUUUCUCCAACUGUUCAGUUAUCAUCUGAGAAAACCUCCCCUCUUUACCCUACAGCUGCUAAAGGAAUAUUUGGAAUACCAAAGUUGUUUUUUUUUUUUUUUUUUUCAUUUUAUCGUUUAAUUCUCCGCUGCCUCUAAAAAAAAAAAAAAAAUUCGAAUUUGGAUCCGUCUGGUUUCAGGAUUGGAAAGCGACUCUCUAAGCAGAUCAAACAUGUUUAUAAAAGUUCUACUCUUCAUCUUCCUCCUCGGGAGUGUGCCUUUUGCAGCACUUGCUCAAGAAGCAAGCUCAGUUCUAGAAGGAGAAGAAAGUACAACCAUCGAUUUCAGAGACAGAAAUGACACAGAAUUUGAAGAGCUACCAACAAUGUUUGGAGAACUGAAGACCACAGAAAGUAGUUUUGUCCUGGAUGGAGAAAGUGAAAAUGCUACUGCUUAUGAAGCUAACACACAAAGUGUUGAUGGUGAACGGAGUGGGGAGCCAGAGGAAACUGAAGAAGGUGGUCUGGGAACAAUUGCACUGGUUGGAAUAAUUGUUGGGAUCAUCGUUGCAGUUGGAAUCCUUGCAGGAAUAAUAAUUGCAGCUGUAAGGAAGAUGUCAGGCAGGUACUCGCCCUAAACACAGUUGAAACAAGCAACCAUGCCAUUCCAUGCCAGAAAAUACAAGUGCUUCUUAUUUUAUACAAACUAAAGACUAUUCCUGUGUUUGUGUGAGAAGAUGAUCCAUGGAAAAUAUAGUUGAAGAAUUUCAGACCUAUGGGGAUACCACACAACUCUAAGGACCACCCUUGCACAGAUCAGGGAACAUUUCAUAGGAUUUUUUACUCACCAGAAUUUUAUUAGAAGAAAAAGAUUUUGCAGUAAGAAUAAAAACCCUGCAGCAAAGAGAUGUACAUCUGAAAUGUGAUUUGCAGGUAUUAUGUGCUUGGGUUUUAAAUGCUACCAAAGAUUAUUUCACAUUACAUUCUAUGUAUUCUUUUAAAACAAAAACAAACAAAAAAACAAAGGUUUUGGCUGGUUGAGUGCUCCUGGCAUGUUUAUCUACCACAUGAUGUAUCAAAAAGGAGGAAUUAGCUUCAGUGAAACCAGUUAUCUACAGUAGGAAAAUACUGGAUAUUGGAAGCUAAAAUCCACUACUGAUACAGAUUUUUUUCUCUUGAUACUUAUAUUAUUUUGUGGCAAAAUAGGGUAGGUCUGGCUGGAACUGACCUACCAACUGAAAGCUUGCUUGUCUGACUAUGGCAUCAGGAAUUUCCUGCCUUCUCUUGUUGCAGGAAUUGAAAUACACAUCCUGAAUUAAGGGGUGCUUGGAAAAUACCCAGUUUUGAUGGGUCACUUUAGAGCUGACAUGUAGAAGCUUUAGAAUUAGCUUAGGCUGUGGUUUUUCUUUAUGCCUGUCCCAUUUCCUACCUGUACAGUUGAUUUAUUUGACAACAUGUGCAGCACCAGGUCAGAAUGUGUCACUGAGGUGAGAUGCAGCUGUGGAGUCUGCAGCUUUUCUGGGGCAUAUUUAGAGCAGCACAACCUGAGUGUGCAGAGCUCAGAGCAAAGGCUUUGCAUGUCAAGUGCAUCAGGUUUCCUAAAUUUUAUGGCACUUCAGUGUUUGGUGUAAAAAUCAUGAUAAUCAGUAUCAUCAUCCAUUGUUACAUUUGUCAGCUUGUCUGUGUUUGCUUUUCUGUUUCUUUCAUGUGCCUUGAACCAUCAUAUAUCAAUACAAUCUUUGGAAAUAAAAAUCAUAAUAUAAACUC